UCUCAGACGCUACCGAACGCCGGUACGGUGCGUAUGUUGCGGUUUUAAUCGUUCACUUAAAUUUUUACUGUGACUAUUGAAGAAUAAUCGUAAUCGUUUUAACUUAGUUUCUUUUUUUACAUACGCUCGGAUAGGCAAAUUAUUUUACACGUAGUGAUGAUAAGUAUGGUUCUCAUUCCUUUUGAUUAGAAUAAUCGGUAAUGGCUCGUAAUCGUGAUUACUGAUGAGAUUUUAGAGUAAAAUUUUUAAAUUUACACUAAAAAUAGAGUAUUUACCGCUCUUAUUUUUAUUCGUAAGACGAUAUGGUGUUAAUGAAGACUGCCAUCGUGGCAAUUUUGCUGCUACAAUUAUUAUGUCUGAAUGUUGGGAUCGUGAAUAGUUUUGAGGCUGACGAUUUAGGAUUCGAACAAGAGCAAGUGCCGUAUAGUGAAAACGAAACAAAUGAUUUAUUCAGUCGAGUAAAACGAGGUAUUGCCGAUUGGUUUUCAUGGGGAGCGCCUACCAGCACUACGCAGGAUUCAGCAACGACUGAAUCAUCAGGCGUUCUUCAUCGAAUCUCAAGAAAUAGCGGAGAAGAGACCGAUGAUACUAAUGAUGUUCUCAUUGACGAGAAGAAGAAUGAUCAGGACAACAAUCUUGGUAAUGUAGCUGCGGGUCGAUUACCUAGUGGAUUAUCGUUUGGUAAUACUGAUGAUGAAGAUUUAGUAGCUGGAUCUGGUGAGGUUGAAGGUAGUGCAACUGAAGAAUCAAAACCUCACACUACUCAGGAACCUGAAAGUCGGCAAGCUCGUUUCCAUCGAGUAACUUUAACAGUAAACGAACCGUACAUACCAGAAUAUGCUGAUACUAACAGUCAAGAUUAUAUUACUUUAAGUGGAAACCUGACGCAAGCGUUGGAAGAAUUGUUGUCUUCGCGGAUUCCAAACUUCGAUCAUCUAGCUAAUGUCGUUAAAAUAUCACCAACGGAAGAUCGAUUCAAUUCCAAAGUCACAAUUGAUAUUGGCUCGACUUAUCCACGUGAACAUGAAAUACGAAGGAUUUUAGAAGAUCAAUUACAUUACCACUCAUUAGGCAACAUUCAACUUGAGCCAACAGGUUUCACAUUCAGACAUAUCCAAGAAUGCUCCGACCCGACCAGUUUGAGGUGUCGAGAUGGUUCCUGUGUACCUUUGAAUUAUCGUUGCGAUGGUGUUCCUCAAUGUCCUGAUCAGUCUGAUGAAUUAGACUGUCCGUUAUUUGAGCAUCCUGUCAAUGCCACUCGAAUCCUUCCAACAAACAAUUGCCGUGGUGACGAUACAGUACGAUGCAGCGAUGGUAGUCGUGACAUUUGUUCUGUUCAAGUAUGCGAUGGAGUACCUGAUUGUGAUGACCAUGGCGAUGAACAGAAUUGUGAUGGUUCUAGCUGUAGUGAAAACGAAUUCAAUUGUGACGUAUCUCGAUGUAUUUUGGACAAAGACCGCUGUAAUUUCAUCCAGGAUUGUGAAGAUGGAAGUGACGAACGUGGGUGCAAGUAUCCAGCUUGUGUUCAAAAUGAAUUCAGAUGUAGAAAUGGUCAAUGUAUUAAUAGUCGAUACCGUUGCAAUGGAGCCACUGAAUGCUACGACAAAUCUGAUGAAUUAAAUUGCCCGUGCAAAGAAGAUCAAUUUGAAUGUGCUGCGCUCUAUUGUAUUCCAAAAGAGCGACAAUGUGAUGGUGUAAAUGACUGCUCCAAUGGUCGCGAUGAACUCAACUGCGAAUUUUACACGCCAUCAUAUUGUCUUUCUGGUCAGUUUAAAUGUCACGAUGGUCGCUGUAUUAAUGGAUCUCUUCAAUGUGAUGGUCGAAGUGACUGUCCAGAUCGUUCUGAUGAAUUAAAUUGCACUGUAACAACAUGUACCAGUGAUCAAUUCCGUUGCGCAGAUGGCAGCUGUGUGAGUAUCGAUAAACGAUGUAAUAACAUCAAUGAUUGCAGGAAUGGCGAGGAUGAACAUCAGUGUGGUUGUGGAGCUACCGAGUUUCGUUGCAACGAUGGCCAAUGUAUCGCCUACGAAUUGCAGUGCAAUGGCGUGAAUGAUUGUCGUGAUGGAUCAGACGAACACGAUCAAUGUGUAAAUAAAAGUAUACCGAAAAAUUUCGAUGAAUGGAUCAAUCAAACAAAUGCGCUGCGAAAUAAUUGGCUUAAAUUUCGGGAAAAUUUAAUUUAUCGUAAUAAAAAAAGUCGAGUUACAAAAAAAGAUGAUAAAAAAAAUGAAAUAUUGGUAAAAAUAAUAAACUAUCCGAAAUUUAUGAUUUCAAUGAACUCACCCAGUCGUCGGCAAGUUAAUAAGUAUCCAAAAAAAGAUAACGAUAAAUUUGACGUUGAAAUUCUUAAUGAAACUUUAUUGAAUGUAAAUGACAGUAGCAACAGUUCAAGUUAUUUUAAAAAAAUGGAUAAUUAUUCAAUAACAGAUUUAAGGAGAAACAAAUUUGUCAAAAAUAAAACAGUCUCGACGCCACGAAUGAAUAAAUUAUCACCUGAAUGGCAAUUUCGGCCGAUAAAUUUAAAUUUAAAAUCAAAUAUUUCUGAUCCCGCUUUUUACACCGACAAUGGGUCAUUAGAAAAUCGUAAAUUUUCUCUUAAUCAUCGCAUAUUGGAUGUUAAUUCUUCGCUAAUUAAUCAUCCCAAAAAAUAUUAUUUGAACAAGAAUAAAAAAAUUUUUAAAUAUUUUAAAAAAUGGAACGUAACAAAAUCGACUCCUAAUUAUUUUGAUGAAAAUAAAACCUACAAUGUGAUUAAUAAAACUAAUGAAGCAGCUCUUUCUCGACAUAAAAGAUCAAAUGAUAACAAUUUACCAGAGACAGAUAUAAACUUAAAUACCAAUAAAGACAAAAGUAUCAAAAAUCGAAAGUUAAAAAAAGGAACAAAUAAAAUUAACAAAAAAUCAAAUAAGUCAUCAGUAGAUGAAACCGUAACUGAACAUUCUGAGUUAUCGGAUAAAAAUAUCAACACGUUAACAAGAUUUAAUUUGGGUAAUAAUUCAAAGUUACCUGAACGUUUAGAAAUAUUUAACGUAACAAGUGAUGGAAAGACGUCAAUUGAUUCAAACUUAACGAUAUGCGACAGUGAUUGUAUGCAUUAUCGGAAAAAAUUGCAUAUCGAUUCAGACAGUAGUAUUACAUUGAAUGAACCAACGGAAAGCAUCAAUUCAGAACAGAUAAAUUUUAAAGAAUCCAAUCAAUCAGUUUCGAAUACACUAAAAAUAGUGACACCGGUCGUUGAAUCAGAAGAGGUAAUUAAAACAGAAGCUAAAAAUGAUAAAAAAGUUAAUAAAAAGAUACUAAAGCAAGAGAGGAAAAGAAAGGGACAGAAUAAAUAUGCUAAUGGAAAAGGUAGAAAAGGAAAAGGAAGUAAAAAAACUACUACUUCUUCAUCUACAAGUGUUACCACUUAUUUAACCUCAUCAACCAUUGAAAGUAUUACCGCGCCAUCUUCAACUGAAUAUUUUUCAAAUUUUUCUGAUAAUGACAUUAUAAAUACCACCAAUAUUUCUUCAACACAAGCUACUAUUUUUACUACUACUGUAUGUUCAUGGUGGUUUUUUAAUUGGCUAUGGGGUUGCCCUGUUCCUGACUUUAUCCCGUCUAUUUCUGAAGAGAACACAGAAAAAUUUAAUGAUGAACCUGAGUCUAAUAAAUUGACACCACCGGAAAUAAACAAUUGGCCAAUUUAUGGUGAAAAUAAGUCAUCAGUUAUUCCUGAUGUUGAUAAUUUGAUCACUGAUGAAAAUAAUUCAAAUUUUUCAAUAAAAUUAUUAGCAAUGAAAAAAAACGAAGUGAUAGCUGAUGAUAACUUGGAAUUUAAAGUUAUGGUUACAACACAACCACCAGUAUUUGAAGAUAAUUGUCGUGAUAAUCAACAUUUUUGUGAUCAUAAAAAAUGCAUCAAUGAAGAAAAGAUUUGCAAUAAAAUAUCUGAUUGCUUAGACGGUUCUGAUGAGAAUAAUUGUGAUUAUUUCAAUGACUUAACCAACGAUAUUAAGUCAAGAGCAUUGCAAUAUGCAUCGUUUCAAAAUUUAAGAGAAAAAGUAUCUUCCGAUUCUUUAUCAGUAACAAAUAACGAUCAAAGAACAUUAUCAUGUGAUAAAAAUAAUCAAUUUACUUGCAAUGAUAAUACAUGCAUUCCCAUGAGUCUCUCCUGCGAUGGUAUCAAUAAUUGUGACGAUGGAUCAGAUGAAGAUCCGGAGUUGUGCAACUAUUAUGAUUAUGAAGAUUUACCAGUCCCUGGACGGGUCACGGAAAGGCCAACAGAAUGUGACACGGGAAGAACUGAGAUGCGAUGUGGAGAUGGGAAAUGCAUUUCUCUCCGUCGCAAGUGCGAUGGUAUUCCCGAUUGUUCAGACAACAGCGACGAACGUGAUUGUGGAAACUGUGCGAUCAAUGAAUGGAGAUGUAAAAGUGGUGAGUGUUUACGCGAACAUCAAAGAUGCGAUGGUCUAACUCAAUGUCGUGAUGGAUCUGACGAAGCAAAUUGCGUUACCAAAUGUCCGAGUGGAAUGUUUCGAUGCAAUGAUGGAUUAUGCCUCGAUGAAAGACGUCGUUGUGAUGGUCGUCCCCACUGCCGUGAUGGAUCUGACGAAAUAAACUGCCAAAAUACUUCCUGUCCUGAUGGUCAACUGCCAUGUGCCAAUGGUGUCUGUAUAUCAAAACAAUUCUUCUGUGAUCGUCACGUUGACUGUCAUGAUGGAAGCGAUGAAACAAAUUGCUCUGGGACUUCACCGCGUCCGCCUGUAACAGAAUGUAGAAGCAAUGAAUACACUUGUCGCGAUCGUUCAUGUAUUCCAUUGUCAGCAGUGUGCGAUGGUCGACCAGAUUGCUCAUACAAUGAAGAUGAACUGGAUUGUCACAGAUGCGCAAGAGGUCAAUAUCAAUGCAUAAAUGGUGAUUGUAUUUCCGGAGAACAGAAAUGCAAUGGAGUCAUCGAUUGUGAUGAUGGCUCAGACGAGGACGGAUGUGAAUCUUCUACGAUGCCAUCUGAACAUCGUCCUCAUCAUCAAUGUCCAGCAGGGCAAUUUUCAUGUAUGUCAGACAGAACUUGCGUUCAUAAUUCAGCUCGUUGUAAUGGUAUUCCUGAAUGUAGUGAUGGAUCUGACGAAAAUAACUGUGAGGGUGAAGAUCAAAAGGGAGAACUGAAUCUGAAGACAUAUCCCAGUGAUCAGAUCAUCAAAGAAAACCCGGUACGGCAAGGUUACGAAGUUGUAUUUCAUUGUCGCGAUGAAGGAUAUCUUCGUGCUGACGUACGAUGGCUACGAGGAAACAAUCUGCCUCUUCCGCCUGGUUCUCGCGAUAUCAACGGCCGCCUGGAAAUUCCAAAUAUUCAAGUAGAACAUGCCGGUCCAUAUAUUUGUGAAGCCGUAGGAUAUCCUCCAUCUGUACCAGGGCAGCGUGUUACAGUCCACCUAGAAGUCGAGAAAUUCGAAUUGUCAACCUCACGGCCUCCCCAAGUUUGCAAGUAUGAUGAAGCAACUUGUAGCAAUGGCGAUUGUAUUCCGAAACUUUCUGUUUGCGAUGGUAAAUUUGACUGUACCGAUGGCUCCGACGAAAUGCGAUGUAACCCACACGGAUGUGAGCCCAAUCAAUUCCGUUGUGCAAACAAACAAUGCGUCAGCAAGAUCUGGCGCUGCGAUGGCGAUAAGGAUUGUGUUGAUGGAAGUGACGAGGAAAAUUGCGGUACAUCACCACCUGGAUCUCCUUGUCAAUACAAUGAAUUCAGAUGUAAUCAAUAUGAUCAGUGUAUUCCAAAGAGUUACCACUGUGACAUGGAAAGAGAUUGUCAAGAUGGUAGUGACGAAAUCGGUUGCUCGCCAGUAUACAUCACAAAACCUCCCAUUCCCAUGGUUGUUCUUGAACCAGGUGACACCAUGGUUCUAGUUUGUACGGCUAUUGGUGUACCCAUACCAGAAAUAAACUGGCGUUUGAAUUGGGGCCAUAUUCCCGAAAAAUGUAGCUCUGAGUCAACUAAUGGCACUGGUACGCUCACGUGUCCUGAUAUUAGCGUAUCUGAUCAGGGAGCGUAUUCUUGCGAAGCCAUAAAUAUUGGAGGAUUUGUAUUCGCAGUCCCCGACACAAUUCUCGUCGUUGAAAAAACAUCCCCAGUUUGUAAAAAAGGAACCUUCAACUCGGAAGCGCGACACCCAGAUGAAUGUAUUUCUUGUUUCUGUUUCGGCGUUGCCACUGAAUGUAGAAGCGCGAAUCUAUUUACGUAUCAUCUUCCUCCACCUUUUGACCGACACAAAGUUUUAGCUGUUGAUGUAUCGUCAGCUAGUCCGAGAAUCCGCAGUGAACUAGGAAGCCAGUCGUUGGAAGUAGUACCCGUCGGUCGAGAUGGCGUAGAAAUAUCAAUUCCUUAUUCUAAUGAGUUGAGUUCAUAUGACAUUCCGUACUUCGCCUUACCGGAAGUUUAUCACGGAAGCCAAUUGAAAUCUUAUGGUGGAUAUCUGAAAUACAACAUUCGUUACGGUGGUGAUGGAAGAAACAACAGCGCGCCAUCUAUUAUUCUUAAAGGAAACGGUAAUUUAUUAACACACAGAGGCCAACAUGUGGUUCCUAAUCAAGAGACAGAAGUGGCUGCUAGAUUUUUCUAUGGCGAGUGGUAUAAAAUAAAGGAUGGAUACGAAAGAUUGGCAACUAGGGAAGAUAUAAUGAUGACUCUUGCCAAUGUUGAGCAAAUACUUAUUAAAGCUAAAUAUGAUGACUCACCGCAAUUAGAUAUUUCUAUUACUGAUAUCAUAAUGGACACUGCAGACUCUAGGAAUACUGGCUUAGGAAGCGCGUCUUAUGUUGAAGAAUGCUCAUGUCCAACAGGAUACAGUGGAUACUCUUGUGAAGAUUGCGCUCCUGGUUAUCGCAGACGUAAGAGUGGUUUAUGGCUCGGUGAAUGUACUAGCGAAAAAGACAUGGGAUCAUGUCCUCCUGGUUACUAUGGAGAUCCAGUUCGAAACAUCCCGUGCUUGCAAUGUCCAUGCCCUCUGACAAAUCCUUCCAAUCAAUUCGCUCGUACGUGUAAACUUGGUUCUAAUAAUCGACCAAUCUGUGACUGUCCCCCUGGAUAUACUGGAGAGAGAUGUGAACGUUGUUCCGUCGGUUAUCAUGGAAAUCCAAUAAUUCCCGGUGACAUGUGCGUACGUGAUCAGCAAUGCGAUCCUAACGGAAGCUUAACAACUUCUCUAGACGUUGAUGGAAGGUGUCGAUGCAAGCAAUACGCAACUGGUUUAACUUGCGAUCAAUGCAAGCCAAAUACAUUCAAUCUAGCUGCGAAAAAUCAAUUCGGAUGCAUCAGCUGUUUCUGUAUGGGAGUAACUGACCGAUGUGUUGCUUCUAAUUGGUUCAGAAAUGAAAUUCACGUUUCCUUUACUAAUUCUAUUAGAGAUUUUUCACUUAUCGAGUCAUUAAAUCCAAAUGCGCCCGCAAUAGUAUCAGGAAUUCGUCUUGAUUCACACAAACGAGAAAUUAUUUACAACGACUUUCCUAACCGCGGAAAAGGUGACGUUUAUUACUGGCAACUUCCCAGUAUCUUUUUGGGAGAUCAAGUCACAUCCUACGGCGGUAAUCUAAAGUAUACUUUAAGAUACGUACCCUCUCCCGGCGGACAAAGUUCAAAGAACAACGCGGCAGAUGUCGAAUUGAUAAGUUCCAAUAACAUAAACCUUCUGUACUACUCCAAGGAAUCACUUGAGCCGAACACUUUGCAAUCAUUUACGGUCCCACUAUUAGAACAGUUUUGGCAGCGAGCGGAUGGCAGCCCUGCCAACAGAGAGCACUUACUGAUGGCAUUAGCCGAUGUCCAGUCAAUAAGAAUAAAAGCUACGUACACUACACACACUGACGAAGCCGCAUUGUCACACGUGACAUUGGAUACGGCUGAAAAAUACAACACAGGAAAAGAACGCGCUGUUGAAGUUGAAGAAUGCAGCUGCCCUGUCGGCUACUCCGGACUUUCUUGUGAGGACUGUGCUGUCGGAUAUACUCGUGCCAACGAAGGUCUUUAUCUUGGUAUCUGCGAACCCUGUAACUGCAACGGACACUCGAGUCACUGCGACCCAGAGACAGGAGUCUGUGAAAAUUGCGCGGAUCAUACGACUGGAGAUAACUGUGAAAUUUGUGAGCCUGGUUACGAAGGCGAUGCAACAAUCGGAACUUCCGAAGACUGUCAACGAGGAUAUGGAACACCACCUCCGAGUUGUAACUGUAAUCCAGCUGGUUCUCGGUAUGAUCAAUGUAUUGGCGGGCAGUGUACAUGCAAACCAAAUGUAGAAGGACCUGAAUGUAACCGCUGCAAACCUUCAACCUUUGGACUGUCGUCAGAUAAUCCCAAUGGGUGUAACGAAUGUUUCUGCAAUGGUGUUACUGAUCAAUGUUAUGAAAGCUCAUUGUAUGUACAGCAAAUUCCUUCAUGGUUUUAUGAUUCUCCUCAUGGUUUCACACUCACCGAUGCUUCAAGAUCAGACACGAUUGAUGAUGGGUUCGACAUUAAUGUUACAAGCAAUGAAAUCGGAUAUCAUUUCACUCGGGCUAAUCGUAAUCGUAGACUAUUUUGGUCAUUGCCAUCAACUUUUACCGGUAAUAGAGUUAAAAGUUAUGGUGGUAAUUUGACAUUAACCCAAAGAUUUAGCGCGUAUCAUGAUUCUAAGCCUCUUAAAGAUCAAGAUGUCAUGCUUGGCGGUAAUGGUAUUACACUUUAUUGGGUCAAUCCACGAGAACCAUAUCCUAAUACAUCAAUGACUUACACGGUGCCAUUAAGAGAAACUGAGUGGCGCAGACUAUCAACAGAAGGCCCUAAAAGUGCGUCGCGAUCCGACUUGAUGGUUGUACUGUCGAAUCUGGAAACAAUUCUUGUAAGAGCUUCGUACAGUGAAGGAAUGAUCAGCACAUAUAUAAGUGACAUCAGUCUGGACACUGCGGUGGAAAAUCCUACGGGCAAUAGAAGAGCUACUCAGGUUGAAGCUUGUCGAUGUCCUCAAGGAUACACGGGUACUUCUUGCGAGUCAUGUGCUCGUGGUUAUUAUCGCAACUCCACUGAUAGAUCGGACAGCAUUCUUGGAUCUUGUAAAUUGUGUCCAUGCAACGAUCAUGAAGAAGGCUGUGAAUUGAGCCGCGGAGGACAAGUCAAGUGUCACUGUUUGUCUGGUUACAAUGGUCAAUACUGUCAAGAUAUUGCCGAUUAUCCAACAGCGACGAACCCAACAUACCCACUUUUAAAACCACCUAGGAUUUCUGCAUCAGUUAAAGAAAAUAAAUUCCAAAUAGUGCACACGGGAAGCACAGUGAGAUAUCAUUGUUCUGGACGAUCAUCAGAUAAUGCACCUCUUAGUAUUCGAUGGGAAAAAGAAGGCGGAAGAUUACCAGCUCGUAGUUUGGAUGACGCCAAAGGUCUUUUUAUUAUUCGCGAUGUUAAAGUAUCAGAUAGUGGUGUCUACAUUUGUCAAGUGAGCGACGGUGUCGAUGUUGCCAUUGAAAAAGUCACUCUUACUGUAGGAGGCUCUAGUCCCGUUGAACCAAAAGCCGUAAUACGUCCAACAUACCAACAAAUCAAAGAAGGAGAGCCAGUAGAAUUCCAUUGCGAAGUAACUGGCAAUCCCGUGCCAGAAGUCAAUUGGAUUCGUAUUCAAGGCAGAAUGAACCCGGAAGCAAUUUUCGAAAACAAUGUAUGGAGAAUUCCAUCAGUGUCAAAAAGCGAUGCAGCUGAAUACAAGUGCGUUGCUAGAAACCGAAUCGGUGUUAGUGAACAAUCGACAAUUCUGUACGUCACUGAUAAUCCUGAUAGACCAGCAACAAAUGUUGAUUCCAAUGAAGGUCCUCUUAUAACACCCAACGAGUGGAUGGGAUCCAGUGGUGACGUCAUUCGUAUGGUAUGUACUCGAUCUAAUCUCCACGCGAAUGUCAGCUGGACCCGAUCCUCCGGACUUCCUCUCCCAUCAUCAGCAAGUCAACGCGACGGUGUGUUGACUAUUGAUAAUCCUGAGCCAAAAGACUCUGGCAUUUAUGUAUGCAUUGCAACUAGUUAUCAAGGAACUCAAACAAGUACUAGUGCGCAAGUGUCAAUACACUCAAAGAAAAGUCGACCAAACGCGAGAGUUGAACCUGAACGGCAGACUGUAUCACAAGGAACAAUCGCUGAAGUUAAAUGUCAUAUUGAUGAUCGCGAUCCUAAUUUGAAAGUUACGUGGGUCAAAUAUGGAGAGCCGCUUGGUGCUAAUGCUCAGCAGUACGGCAAUACAUUGAAAAUCGUCAGAGCUCAGGUGUCCGACAGAGGAGUUUAUAUUUGUCGAGCUACAAACGGUAUUGAUACAUUUGAAGCCAGCGCUAUGAUUGAAGUCGAACCACGUGAAGUUCCUGUUCUCGAACUUUAUCCGAGAAACGUUCAGACGGUGGUCGUUGGUGGUUCUGCGGACUUGCAAUGCCGAGUAAUUGCUGGUUAUCCUGUACCGGAAGUUCGUUGGUCUCGUCAAGACAACCGGCCUCUUGGUCCAAACGUCGAACAACUAUCAGGUGGCUUGUUACGACUUACAAACAUAACUGUGAGUGACGAUGGCAUGUAUGUGUGCACUGCAUCAAAUCCAGUUGGUUCAACGUCAGCUACUGCACGAAUUGAAGUACAAUCUCCACCUGUCAUCACAAUCACACCAAGUGGUGGAAUUAUUCAAGCAAAACUUCGUGACCGAUUGAAAUUGACUUGUCAUGCGGAGGGAAUCCCACAGCCAACUGUUGCCUGGACUAAACACAGCCCAGCUUUUCAAUUAUUUACGCCACUUAGAUCAUCACCGGCGACACCUCUGUCUGCUGUUCUUGAUAUCAGAUCAAUGUCAUUGGAUGAUGAGGGAUCGUACACUUGUCAAGCUACGAAUGCUGCGGGAAUAAGUGAGGAGAGAAUCCAAGUUCGUAUUGAUGAUGAUUAUAAUGAUGUUGACGUUAAUCAACCGUGUCGGGGUGAUACGCCUUGUCCGCCUGAUCACAAUCGUCCUGGAUCCGGCUCUCAAACAUCACCUCCGAGAAAACCGAACGAAGGAAUACGAAUCCCUGAUGAUUUUAUGAGGAUACCUAAUGGUGGAACGGUAGAAAUGCGGUGUCAAGCAAUUGGUCCGGAUGACGCACGUAUUUAUUUGGACUGGAAGAAAAGCGAUCGACAGCCUCUUCCUCCUGGCAGUUCUGUACAUAAUGGCAUUUUAAUUAUUCCCGAUGUUACUAAAGAAGCUGCUGGAGAAUACAUUUGUUUAGGACUAAAUCAUGUAGGUGUUGAAUUGUUCAGAGCUAAAUCUCAUUUGGAAAUUAUAUCUCCACCAAGAAUUGAAUUGAAUCCAAAUCGACAAGUAGUAGCACCUGGUGAAAGCCCAUCUAUUGUCUGCACUGCAACUGGAGAUCAGCCAUUGAAAAUAGAAUGGGCUGCAAUCGGUCGAUCAUUGCCGCGCACAGUAACUAAUCAUCAAGGUUUACUUCAAUUCCAUGGAAUCAUGUAUGAAGAUGCUGGAAAAUAUGUUUGUAAGGCAACUAAUGAUGCUGGUACUGCUGAAGCUGUAGCUGAAGUGUUGGUGAAUGAAAAUACUUAUGAUGAUGUUGGAGUGCGUGCUGUAGAACGAGAUGUAAAUACUCAGACAGGAAACUCAGUACGAUUGCGAUGUGAAACAAGAGAUCAAGUGUCGAUACAGUGGACAAAAGAUGGACAACAACUGCCACCUAAUGCACGAGUCAGAGACAAUUAUUUAGAAUUAAUGAGAGUCAGACCUGAAGAUAGUGGCCGUUACAUCUGUCAAAUUCGUAAUGCUCAAAGAUUUUCGAGUGAUUAUGUAAAUCUUCAUGUUUCACUUGUUUAUUCGUUUGCGGAUUGCAUGCUACUAUACCCUUCGGUACAAUGCGCUAAGGGAGAGUUCCAAUGCGGAAGUCAAGAAUGCAUUACGUUGGAUAACAUUUGUGAUGGCUAUGUUCACUGCAACGACGCUACUGAUGAACGCUUCUGCCGCAUCUCGCGAAAUCGCCAAUAUCUUCAACGACGACGUGAACCCGCUGGUCCUAUUGUUCACAUUGAACCAUCUGCUGACAUCGUAAAUGUUGGAGAUUCAUUUGAACUACGGUGUGUAUUUUCUUCACGGCAUUCUAGUCGCCCGCGAUACCAAUGGUUCAGAGCUGACCGUGACCCACUGCCAUCUUCCGCACAAGUUUAUGAAGAUAAUUUGAGAAUUAGUGAUGUACAAAUGCGCGACAGUGGUGUUUAUAAAUGCCGAGUUGAUUCAUCCGAAGGAGCAUUUGAACAAGAAUAUAAUCUUGUUGUUCAAGGUGGGGAAAAUGAUGAACCAGCAAUCGAAGUAAAAAAUGUGCCGUACGGUUCGAGUAUUGAAAUGGAAUGUCGGGUCACUCUAGAUAAACCGAUUACCUACAAGUGGAGUAAACUCGGAGGUUCUCUUCCAAUGUCAACAAUAAAUGACAACAAAAUUCAAUUAAUUAAAGUCCGAGCUGAGGAUGCAGGAACGUAUAUAUGUAACGCAUCAAAUAAUUUGGUGAGCACAGAAGUUCCAAAAGUUCUGGUAGUAACGGGAGUAGUACCGAGGUUCAAUCAGGCACCGCGUAGUUACAUCGCACUACCAACGUUACCAGAUUCUUAUCUUAAAUUCAACAUUGAACUGUCUUUCAAACCCGAAAAUCCUGAUGGAAUAAUUCUCUAUAAUGCCGAGUCUCCUGAUGGUACCGGAGAUAUGAUUUAUUUAUCGCUGGCGAAUGGAUAUCCAGAAUUCAGAUUUGAUCUUGGCUCUGGCACGACAAUAAUUCGAUCAAAUAAAUCUUUAUCUUUGGGCGACUGGCAUACAAUCAAAGUACAUCGCAAUAGAAAAGACAGUCUUUUGCUGGUUGAUGGCGAAGGUCCUUACAAGGCAGCGGCUUCAGGAAGAAAACAAGGACUAGAUUUGAAGGAACCGCUUUAUAUAGGUGGUGUGCCUGACUCAAUUAUCAUCAACGAACGAGUGGGAACGAAUCAUGUUGGUUUUGUCGGAUGCAUAUCUCGAGUUGUUGUCAAUGAAAAGCCACUUGAUAUUAUUGGAGAUGAAAUUGACAGCGUUGGUGUGUCAACCUGCGACACUUGCACUGAAAAUCCUUGUCAUAACUUUGGUGUCUGUCAAGAAGCUCCUACUAAACAUGGUUACAUUUGUCUCUGUCGUACAGGAUAUAAUGGACAGCAUUGUGACAACGUUGGACAAUCUUGUUAUCCAGGUCUUUGCGGUAAAGGAAACUGCAUUGAAACAGAAUCUGGAUAUGAAUGUUAUUGUCCUCACGGUACUUCUGGACAGCAUUGUGAGCACUCUAGUGAAAUUCACCAGCCAUCACUUCGUAACGACCGUUCGUUUUUAGCGUAUCAAACACCUAAAGCUGUCAGACGGUUCAAACUGACAAUGAAUUUCAACCCUUCGGAUAAUGGAGAUGGUAUUUUGAUGUAUUGCUCGCAAAGUGAUGAAGGACACGGUGAUUUUAUUGCCCUUGUUAUCAAAGACCGACUCGUUGAAUUUCGCUUUGAUAUUGGGUCGGGAAUGGCUGUGGUACGAUCCAAUUACGUAAUUCAGCCUGGAGUUUGGACUCGGGUUACUCUUAACCGCGACUUCAAAGAUGGAAAAUUGUCCGUAAAUGGCGAACCUUUGGUUGAGGGGCGAGCUCCUGGAAUAGCGAGAACUAUGACUCUUAACACUCCUAUGUACAUUGGCGGUGUCAAUAGAAGUCGGAUAACUAUUAACACUAAAGUUGAUGUCAUUCGAAGUUUCCACGGAUGCAUUAAUGAACUCGAAGUAUCUUCGUUGAAUCUACAUCUUCUUAAAUCCACAAUCGAUUCAUCGACAAUCGAUGAAUGCAAAAUUUCGUCAAAUCCUUGGCGAAUAAAUACGACAAUUUCCUCAACUUCUGAAACUAUGACAUCUACUUAUUUUCCAUCAAUCGCGUCAAUAGACGAAUAUGAUUCUUGUAGUUUGAAACCAUGUGUUCAUGGGAUUUGUCAAAUUUCUAGUAAUUUCUAUGGCUAUUCUUGCACAUGUGAAUACGGAUAUGUGGGAAUCAAUUGCGAAAAUAUAUUGAAGCAGUGUGAAUUAUUAUCUCCUUGUAAAAACGGAGGAACAUGUACAGAUUUUCAGGGCCCGUAUAAAUGUGACUGUCCACUAGGAUUCAGCGGAAAAAAUUGUGAAAAACCGAUCGAAAUAGCUUAUGAUGUAUCGUUUCGAGGUGAUGGCUGGCUAGAACUUGAUCAUUCGGUAAUGACUCAUGACGAACAGCGCGAAGUUCUUGGAUUUGAAAUUUCAACGAACAAAAGUAAUGGUUUGAUUAUGUGGCAUGGUCAAAUUCCAACAAACUUUAAUCCUGAUGAUUAUGUUGCGCUCGCAGUUGUUGAUGGAUACAUUGAAUAUCAAUACAAUUUGGGUUCUGGGCCAGCAGUGAUUCGUGUUCCAACUCAGCGAGUAGAUGAUGGGGAACGGCAUAGAAUUAUUUUGAAACGACAGGGAAGCGAUGGAAGUAUAGAAUUGAAUGGAGAUCAUACUGAAAGUGGAGUAAGUGAUGGUCUUCAACAGAUUCUAAAUACACGUGGUAACGUGUAUUUAGGAGGUGUCCCAGAUUAUGCUAUGACGUAUGGGAAAUAUCAUGAUGGAUUCUCCGGAUGUAUUUAUACGCUCGAAGUGCAAGAUUCUGGCGCUAUUUACAUUGGAGAUAAAAUGGUUAGGGGUAAAAAUGUUGCCUCUUGUACAAACAAUUCAAAUUAUUUAACCAACGAUCUUCCAUCGCGAGGUGAUCUUGGAGGUGUAAAAAACAUUACCGGAUUUGCUUAAUAAUAUUUUAAUCGUACCUACCAAUUGGUGAUUAGAUCCGUAUAAUGAAUUCAUUAUUUAAAAUGAAAUAUCAUUGAAAAGACUAAUGCUAACUAUGCGCAUAUCAAAAUAAUCUACAUAUUUCUUCAAAUAAAUAAAAUUACAAAUUGAUAAUCUUUGCAAUUACAGUGCAAAUACUUUUUUACAUGAAUCGUACAUAGAUUUAGGCAUUAAAAUUAAAAAAUAAUAUAAACAAUUAAAAUUUUGCAUUUAGUUAGCUAAUUUAAUGUAAGGGAACUAAUGGAUUUUUUUUUUACUAAUUUAUAUAUUAUUUCAAAAUGAAAAAAUGCGUGAUAAAUACCUCUUAUUAAUGUGUAAUGAUAUUUUAUGUAACUCAUGCCGAAGAAUGCGCCGCUAACUGCCUAAAGUCAGCGUUAAAUUUUAUAUUAAAAUAAAUUCUCUCUGAUUGGUCUAAAGUGUGAUUUAAAAUAUAUUAAAUCACUCAUUUUUAUAUUAAACCUCUGAAUUCGAGUAAAAUGGGCGGAGUAUAUCCCUACUCAAUAAUCUAAGCCAAUUAUCUAUCACUUUUCUCUCUUAUGACGUCACUUUGAAUUUAGUUACCUUAUUAACAUGACGAAAAUCUCUAGACUGCACAUGCGAAUUCAAUUAAUCAGUACACGCAUGUUUAGAUCAAGGCAACGUCAGCUUAAUUUUAUAACCUUACAUAUCUUCAUUAAUUGAUACGACACACAGGAUUCUCUUCUCCGUAAUGUGACUUUCCAUAGUGUUACUUUUUCUCUAAAUUUAACAAGAUUCUCCCUAAUGUUAACAAUCUUGUCUCCCACUACGCAUUUUUUGUGCGACCAAUCAAAAUAAAUCUCAGUGGCGGGCAAUUCAAAUCUUCCACAUGCACCUUCAUCAUUAUAUACGAUUCUCUUAUUAAAAGAAGCGAUUUAAAACGAUUUGCAAUGUUAAAUGCCCAUAAGAAGGGCGAUUCAAAAGUAUUGGUAUGGUGCCCUAGCGGAUCCGAAUUACUGUAAAUUACAGUAAUUACCUUUUUUAAUAAUAAUAUAGUAAAUUAUUAUUAUAACUCCGACUGUAUGACGCUAACUUCAGACCUUUAAUGGCGUUUUUCUUCGUGCAUUCAUUACAUAAACUAUUGUAUAUACAUCUAGUGGCAUCGAGUAUAAUACCGAUUCAAAAGAUGUAUAAGAUACUAUUAUAUUGUUUAACUUUAUCAUGAUUUAUAUAAAUAUAUUUAUAUAAAAUUUAUUUCCAAUGUUUUUUUUAGAAUUCUGAAAGUAUUGAAAACAAUAAUCGACCAAUUAUAUAACAAAGCUUUUGAUAUUAUAAUAAAGAAAAAACAUUUUUUUGACGUACACACUUUUUACAUGAACGAUAUAAAUGAAUAUUGCAUAAAAAAUGAAUACAAUUUGAAUAAAAAAUUGUAUUGAUAAUUGUUUUUGUUUUCUGAUAAGAAACAAAGUGGAAAAUGCAUGAACAGCAGAAAAAAACUUAACCAUUUUUAAAGUUUAUAUAAUUACUAAUAAUGUAUAAUUAUAAAUUAGUAUAUUUUGCUACAAAGUGAGAAUGAGCUUCAAAACUUGGGGGUUGAUGUCACUUGUCUGCAGCUCGUGAUGUCAAUGCAGACUUGUUGUUAAAAGAUCAUCCUCACUCAGCAGCAUACAAUAGUUUUCUAUAAAUCGCAAGAGAACAUUGUAAUUUUUUUCAAAAGAGAGAACCACAAUAUAUAAAACAUCUGCUAUUUGUAGUCAUGCUAGUACUGAUACAACUAGACUGAUCACAGUCUUGUUGAUUUUUUUUUAUUAACAAAAUAGGAGAGAAUAUGCGUCGAAGCCUAUUUAGCUUCAGGAUUAUUGAUAACAUUUAUUAUUUUGUGGUGCUUUCCUUUGACAGUCCAAAUGCAUUUUCCUUGCAUGAGCUGCGAAAAAAUAUAUAUUUGACAAUAUUAUAGAUAGACAAUGUAUUAUUUACUAAUUUGAUAAAACAUAAUUAUGAAAGUAAACGAUGAAAAAAAUGAAAGUGUAGUGUAUGUACUGUUGAAUGUAUAAAUUAUGUGAAUUGAAAUGACAAUAAAUA